GGGUCCUCCCACCUGUAGGGGGCUCUCCGAGGCUUCUAGUGCCACGAAGGCCUCCUGCCUGGGUUGUCCUUAUGGCGCCUGUGAGUUUAGUUCUAGAAAAGAUAUUUAUAUUUUAACUUUUCCAUCUAACAAACAGUAGCACAGGCAUCUUAGUCUGGACAACAACGUACAAGCUGAAUUCCUGGCCAGUUCCCUCAUUAUCAAACCCUGACGCAGUAGUAGGCGCGAGUCAGGCAGUGUGGGGACAGCCCCGAGUUGCCGAAAGUCCCCGGCCCGUUUUCCUCCUGUGAAGACAUAGCUGCGGGUGGCUGUGCUGGUGGCGUUCAAGAUGUCGACCAAGAAUUUCCGAGUCAGUGACGGGGACUGGAUUUGCCCUGACAAAAAAUGUGGAAAUGUAAACUUUGCUAGAAGAACCAGCUGUAAUCGAUGUGGUCGGGAGAAAACAACUGAGGCCAAGAUGAUGAAAGCUGGGGGCACUGAAAUAGGAAAGACACUUGCCGAAAAGAGCCGAGGCCUAUUUAGUGCUAAUGACUGGCAAUGUAAAACUUGCAGCAAUGUGAAUUGGGCCAGAAGAUCAGAGUGUAAUAUGUGUAAUACUCCAAAGUAUGCUAAAUUAGAAGAAAGAACAGGAUAUGGUGGUGGUUUUAAUGAAAGAGAAAAUGUUGAAUAUAUAGAAAGAGAAGAAUCUGAUGGUGAAUAUGAUGAGUUUGGACGUAAAAAGAAAAAAUACAGAGGGAAAGCAGUUGGUCCUGCAUCUAUAUUAAAGGAAGUUGAAGAUAAAGAAUCAGAGGGAGAAGAAGAGGAUGAGGAUGAAGAUCUUUCUAAAUAUAAGUUAGAUGAGGAUGAGGAUGAAGAUGACGCUGAUCUCUCAAAAUAUAAUCUUGAUGCCAGUGAAGAAGAAGAUAGUAAUAAAAAGAAAUCUAAUAGACGAAGUCGCUCAAAGUCUCGAUCUUCACAUUCACGAUCUUCAUCACGCUCAUCCUCCCCCUCAAGUUCAAGGUCUAGGUCCAGGUCCCGUUCAAGAAGUUCUUCCAGUUCGCAGUCAAGAUCUCGUUCCAGUUCCAGAGAACGUUCGAGAUCUCGUGGGUCGAAAUCAAGAUCCAGCUCCAGGUCCCACAGGGGCUCUUCUUCCCCACGAAAAAGAUCUUAUUCAAGUUCAUCAUCUUCUCCUGAGAGGAACAGAAAGAGAAGUCGUUCUAGAUCUUCUUCAUCUGGUGAUCGCAAAAAAAGACGAACAAGAUCACGGUCACCCGAAAGCCAGGUGAUUGGUGAAAACACUAAACAACCCUGAGCCCAGGGCCAACCCCUACGGAACACCACUACUUUACCCAGACGCCACAGGUCAUCAUCUGGAUCAUCCCAUUCUGGUUCCCGUUCAAGUUCAAAAAAGAAAUAAUGUAUUAAAAUUUACAUCUUAAAAAAAUCCAGUACAGUGCAUGAAGCAUAUUUUUAAAGAAGUUGGUGUCUUACUUGGUCAGAAGUGCUAAAUCUGCUAGUAGAGGUGCAUGCCUUUCAUUGCUUUUCAAAACAAUACAGCUGUGUUUAUUUGUGAAGUUAAAAGUAAAUAGCAUUUUAAGCCAUAAUGUCCCAAAAUAGAUGUUCUGUCAUUCAUUAUUUACAACCAUUUGCUUCAUUUAAAACCAGCUAUAACAAAGUACUUUGCUUCCUAAUUUAAACCCAUUUUUGUCAUUUCCAAAUACAUCCUGUCCAUUGGCUAAGACAGGAUUACCUAGGCUUGCCUGAACUUUGGGCAUGGAGGCAAGACUGGAAACUAGUUGGAAACAACAUACUUAUGGAAAAGAAAGUCAGCCUUUUUAUGCUGUUAACAGAUGUCAGAGUGAUUCUCACCAAAAAAAGUUAAACUGUGUUGUAAGCAGCCAACUGUAAAUGUCUAUUUUGAAAUUCCCUAUGCUAAGGGUGCCUUAGAAUCAUUGUGUCCCUUUUAUCCAGCUUUACUUUUUUGCUCCACAUUUAAUGCAAAAGAAUCUUGUGAUGUCUACAAGGAGAGAAGUGGGAUAUAUUUUCCUUUCUGACACAUAAUUUGGGGCAAAAAAGAGUCUUAAGAGUUUAUCUUUUCUCUGCUGAUAUGGUUGCUUGAUAAAGACAUCUCAAAAUGUUUACCAAUGUUUUAAGAAGCUUUGUGUGAUAUUCUUCCAAAUCUAGUUACCAAAUAUAAUAUGGUAGAAAAGGCUAAAUCAUACUUAAUGAGCAAAUUGAAGUAAGCUUUUAAAGUAUAUUUCUCUUUUGGUGAAAGGCCAAUGGAGACAUUGUGAAUUUAAGUGAACAUUUGCCUCAAGAUGUUAACUAUAAACACACUGCAUACAAUUUUCUUCUGAAUAACAAAGGAAUGCUUAUUGCUGCAUGAUGUAAGCAAAAGUCAUUAUUUUUCCUAUUCAUUUGAAAUAAGUUAUGGCUUAAAAUGCUUUUGGAGUUUAUUUCUCAAAAUUAAAAUCUGGUCACAUGAGCUUUAGUUUGUUUUCUGGUUUAAAAAAUAAAAAGGUUUCUCUUAACAGUAUUUCCAGUGACAAUGCAAGGUAAGUAUAUCAAAGGAAAUCAACAGUUGUGCUUGGGGGCUUUUUGUUAUGGGAUAUUGAUUUCUUGUUUUUUUUCCGUAACAUUGUCUGCUGCAAUUUAAAUAAAAAUUACGACAUUUUAAGAUAUUUCAUAGACAAACCAAACAAAAAUAUAUGUUUUUACUUUAAAGUGAAUGUUUUUCUCUUCAGCUGAUCUAAAAACGAAAGCAAAAUAUCUUAUGUAGAAAUAUUUUGAUAAUAUUUUUACAGUGAGCUUUCCCAUGUUUUUAUGUCUUAAGUUUCUUUGCUGCGUUUAUGUAGGUUGCACAAGAACUUUUACUCACUUGUAAUUGUGCCUCAGACUUUUUGAAAGUCUACCUUCUAAAUUGCCCAGACGAUCUAGAUUCUACAUGUUACCAUUGGUUUAUUCUUGUGCUUUCUGUAUUUAAAACUUUGGCUGUACUAAGCAAAUGCAAGGUUAUAAUUUAGCUAAUAGUAGUUUACAGACAAUUCUGAUGAUUAUGAUUUCAUUUGGUUUAACUAAGCUGUACUAGUUCAUUUCAUAAGGAAAUGAUACUGUAGACAAAUGUAAAUAAAGCCUGUGAGUCAAGCAUCAAGUGGUGUUUGUUAGAAAUAAACUAGAGAUUUUUAAA